AUGUUCGCGGUGGCGCUAGUGUGCAUCGCGUGCGCAGCGUACUGGGCGUGGAUGCGCAUGCGCAUAAAGGCCACCGAGCCGCCCUUCUUCCCUGGAGGAUGGCCCAUCGUCGGACAUGCACCACAACUCCUUGGAGAUAGCUGCAAACUAUGGGACGGUAUCAACGACCUGGCACGACAGAGCUACGACAUUGGUGGAGUGGUGUCGGCUAGUAUUGGACCACGCACUGUCUACAUUGUAACCGACCCAGAUGACAGUUUUACUAUAGCGAACACGUGCUUGGAAAAGGACGGCUUCUACGACUUCGCCAAACCGUGGCUAGGCGAGGGUCUAGUCACUGGGAAAUAUUCAAUAUGGAAGAAUCAUCGAAAAUUCCUAAACCCAGCAUUCAGCCAGAUCUUGCUGGACACAUUCAUGGGAGUGUUCAACAGUCAGUCCAGGAAACUGGUGAAGGAACUGGAGAAGGAGGCUGGAAAAGGUCUCUUUGACCAUUGGACUUAUACGCGACAUAAUGCCUUGGAGACCAUUUGUUUGACAGCAUUGGGAGUGGACUUCACAGACUCCAACCUGAACAGCCAGUACGUGGAAGCGACGGAGGUGAUCCUCAACACAAUAGUGGAGCGAUUCAUGAAGUUCUGGUGGCACAGCCCCUACACCUUCGCCUGGAGUAACGUCAAGAAGAAGCAGGACGAAUGUCUGAAGAUCUUACACAAUAUGUCUAAUAUGGUGCUGCAAAGAAGAAAAUCCGAAUUCAAUGGAAAUGUUUGCGCUGAGAGAAGUAUAAUUCCUGGAACUAAGUUCAAAGCGUUCAUGGACCUUCUCUUAGAGCUGUCAGUUGAGAAAGGUGUGUUCAACGAUAGAGAGAUUCGAGAGCACGUGGACACCAUGAUCGUCGGCGGCCAUGACACCUCAGCUAACGUACUAAUGUUCACCAUGAUACUGCUCGGGUCACACCCUGAGGUUCAGGAAAAGGCUUAUGCAGAAGUUCAAGAGGUCCUUGGAGGAGACAGAGACGUGGAGAAGACAGAUCUGUCACAGAUGGUGUACUUAGAGGCUGUGCUGAAGGAAAGCAUGAGGGUAUUCACUAUCGUCCCGGUGCUUGCCAGGAAACUCGACAGGGAUGUUAAACUGAAAAACUACACGCUCUCUGCCGGUCGCACUUGCUUCCUAUUCGUGUUUGGACUCCAUAAGCACCCGGUCUGGGGGCCAGAUGUGAAUGAGUUUAUACCAGAACGUUGGUUGGAGCCAGGCCGACUGCCAGAAAACCCUAAUGCGUUUGCUGCCUUCAGUGUUGGGAGACGACAGUGUAUUGGUAAGGCAUAUGCGCUGAUGUCUAUGAAGACCACCCUCGCUCACUUGAUCCGCCGUUAUAAGAUCAAGGCAGACCAUACCAAGGUGAGGCUCAAGCUGGACGUCAUGCUGAAACCAGAUUCUGGCCACUACGUCAGCAUCGAGAGGAGAACGUAG